UUACCGCAGUAUCACUACAUUUCUGCACCACUCAUCAAAACUCUGCGGCAUGCAGACAAGAGCUGGGGGGGAGGGCAGUUACUAGGUCUGUUCCGAGUGUUGGACCGCUACCUCCUCUGAUAGCCUGUCAGUUCUUCAGUAGAUAAGCCACUAAGAGUGCUUUUUGCGUUUAUAUCUAUUCAUUUUUGCGCGCUUUAAGUUCAAGUCUCCAUCUCUGUCCCUCUCUGCUGUCUUGGUUUUUGCUCCGAUCGGGCGCUUAUUGCUUCAGAGCUUUGGAGUCCGAACUUUUAUGAGAAAAUGGCAAAGGAUGGAGAAAAAGGCGAGUGGAAGGAGUUUAUAUGGAACCCGAGGACGAGGGAGUUUCUGGGCAGAACUGCGAGCAGCUGGGGUCUUAUCCUUCUCUUCUAUUUAAUUUUCUACAUCUUCCUCGCCGGCUUGUUUGCUCUCACCAUGUAUGUCAUGCUGCAGACCUUGGAUGACCAUAAACCCACCUGGCAGGACCGACUCUCCACACCAGGUAUGGUGAUUAGACCCAAUGCAGACGAAACCUUCGAGAUUGUCUACAACAUCAGGAACACUGAGAGCUGGGACAUGUACGCUCAGGCGCUGGACCGCUUCCUGUCACCCUACAACAACUCAGUCCAGACCCUGAAGAACCACGAGUGCACCCCAGACCAGUACUUCAAGCAGGAGGACAGCGGCGACGUGAAGAACAACCCGAAGCGCUCGUGUCAGUUCAACCGCACCAUUCUUGAGGACUGCUCUGGAAUCACUGACCGUUACUAUGGAUACCAGGAGGGCAAGCCAUGCAUCAUCAUCAAGCUGAAUCGGGUGAUUGGGAUGCUGCCAGGAAAGGAUGGCCAGGCUCCGUAUGUCACCUGUGGUGCAAAGAGAGAAGAUACCGACAAAAUUGGAGAGUUGGCUUACUACCCUCCAAAUGGCACUUUCAACCUCAUGUACUACCCUUAUUAUGGCAAGAAAGCUCAGGUGAACUACUCCCAGCCUUUGGUCGCCGUCAAGUUCCUUAACAUCACCGUCAAUCAAGAUGUCAACAUCGAGUGCAAGAUCAACGCCAACAACAUUCCCACUGGAAAUGAAAGAGACAAGUUUGCCGGACGAGUGUCUUUCAAGCUGAGGAUCAACACUAACAACUAGGUUGACCUUUCCUCUCCCCCUUUCAAACUACUUCCUUCAUUCUCUGCAACAUGGCACAUGCACAGAAAGAAAUCACAGUAUUCACACCCUUUGUAGGAUUUGUUUACAAUCCCCUCCCGUCGCUAAUUUGUUCGGGAGCGGGGAAAUUGUCCAGUCGUGUGAUGAGGUGGGGCUAGAAUUAAAGGGUGGUAAUCCUGUCAUUAUUUCUGUCUGUGAGCAUCGAGACAAAUUAUUUUCUGUAAAUUAGUCUGAGGUGACGUCUAUUUAUACUGCAUGACCAACUAGGGGAUAUAAAGGAUGUGAACGUGUGUUUUCGAAAAGUCUGCAAGGAUCAGCGACAUUAUCACUGUAUUGCUGCUCCCCUCCUGCUGCCUCCUUAUAGAGGAUCCCUCUAUAUAAGAAUAUACACAAGUCACAAAGCAAAAUGUGUAUAUCCACAGUAUUUAUACGGUAUCAUAACCUUAUAUCAGUAUGUCUAUUUUGUUGCACUUGAAAGAAUAAUCCAACAAACCUAAGCAUAUUUGAUGGAUGGAUGCAGAGAUGAAGCCAUUUGCAUGUGUGUAUUGUCUUUAGUGUGCUACGAGGGCAGGAGGCGGCCGUAUCUGGCCUCGCUGCUGAGUUUGAAACGCGGUUAUGUGAAACAGCUGACCACCAGGGGGGACCGCACUGGAAUCUUUAAAGCUCGCGCACAGCAAGUGUGUGUUUCUGUUUAAAAAAAAAAAAAAAAACAGGAUACAGCAAGACAAGCAUCUCCAAAAUGAAAGUGUGAGGUAGAGGUGAAAAGGUGUGAGGAGGGAGUACAGGAGAGUGUGUGUUUUUUGUGUGUAUGUGUGUGUAUGUUUGUGUGUGUGUGUUGUGUUCCAUUUACAAGCCCCCGUUUCAUACUGUAGGUCGGGAAGUUGCAUGCGAUGUGCAAUAUUCAUUAAGUGGCAUACAUUAUAGAUGCUCGCGUCCAUUCAUCAGAUGACUUCUAUUAAAUAAUCAUUAUUUGGGAUCAUUUGAUAUUCCUGCUGGUUGUUUGACCCCAGAGUAGCCGAGAAAGCAGGUGUGAUACAUAUUUGGGUCGCCGGGGAUUAUCAUAAUAACGCUACAGAUGCCAAAUGAGUUACAUCAGUCAGACAUCUGACUUUGCGGAGCCUAAAACUCCAAAUCAGCUAGACGUAGCUUUAGUUUUUACAGUUAUUCUCCCAAUCAACCAUCUGAAUAUCAUCAGAAAACAGCAAAAAAUGAUCCUUCAUCCACACAACGGCAUUACACUCCCUGUUCAUCACUUUAUCCCUCGAGUUUAACCCAAAGCUGUUUCUUGCAUCACAGUUUUUAAUUCAUUCAACAUGAAUAUUUAGUAUUUCUUGGGUGUAUUGCAUCUAUUUCAUUUGUAUCUGAAAUAGAUGCCAUUUUUUAUUGUUUUGCACUGCAAGUGUGCUUUCAUUUUCUUUCGUUUUUUGUGAAUUAAUGUAUUUACAGUUUUGGAGGAGGAGGUUUUAGAGAGUUUGUUUUGUUCCCUGUGUUUCAUUCAUACUCACUAUCAUCCAGGAUAUCAAAAUGUAUAGUUUAUAUCUUCUUUUAAAUGUUAUGAGCGAUUUAGUUUGUGCACCAGCGUGUUUAUUUACGGUCUAGGCCUGUAGGAAAUGUGAAAAACUGGAGAUUUACUUCACUGACCUCAUAGAAAAAGAUAAUUAUUUUGUUAAGUUGUUGUUGUUGUUGUUGUGGUAUUCUCCGCUGUUUAAUGAAUCAGUCUGAACUAGAGGCCAACAUGAUAAGUGGACAACCAAUUUCAACCUCUUUGAAAGUCGUACAGUUUGGUGCUGUUUAUUUAACAUGCAGUCACUGUGCUGCAGAGGCACACAAAUUCGUCAGAAAACACCUGCAAACAUUGGCUGGAGAAAUCUGUGGAGUCACACAUUCAGACUCGGGCACCAGACCUUGGCACAGCUACAAAUCUGUACCAUGAUCCUGCCAUGUAAGCGCAGCAAAUGUGGAACACGAGCAUCUGUUGUCCUCACACUGAGGUCUGGCUCCCCUUCACAACUUCAUUUCUCUCAGAGCGUUGUGCUUCUCAGUAUGCUCGCAAAUAUCUCGCAGUGGUCUAAAUAGGGCCUCGUUAUGUGACUUAACGGAGAGUGAAAGACAGACGAUUAGAUCUAAUGUGAUUAUCUGUACUGUAAUGAAUGACGCGCUCCAACAGUCAUCUGAGACUCUUUUAUUUCCUUUUUGGUGAAUCCACUGACCACUUCACAUGCAUUUCUCCUCUGGCAUUCCCGCAACACUUACUUAAUUUCACUGUAAUCUCUUAAUCUGGUCAGCUAAUCCACAGUAGGCACGCUGAACUUCUUUACCCUACUUUGUUGCUCCUCCUCCUCGUGUCAAACGCCUGCUUUGACGUCUCUGAAACCUCAGAGAGAAACUCAUUUCCCUUUUCUUUCUUUUCAGUCCAUUCAACCCUGUUUUUCAUGAUCAAACUCAGCACCCAGAAAAUAAAAUGCUUCGCUCCAUCUCCUAAUUGGACAACAUUUGUUUCACUCAUGUGCAUGUGAAGAUUACUUCUUCAACCAAAGAUCUUCAUGACAGUUGAAAUUGUCUUUAUUUGUGCCGCACUGACUGCGGAUCUGAGUCAGGAUCUCAAACAGAGAUACUGUAGGAUCCAGCCGGAGGGCUGAGGGCCCUGUGCUCUUCAAAGGCCUCCUCUUAUAUAAUAAUAAUAGUACGCACAAAAGGAACACGUCUCACUGCAACAAAACAGUGCCUCCUGGUGGACAGACGGUGUUGUUCCCCAGUGUCACAGAAUGUUCGCUCCUCUUAUCUCCAUUUAUCCGUAUUUUUUUCCUGUGAUAAUUUGGAGAUGUCCUCAAAAAGCAAUAUAUUUAUUUCUCGUGUGGCUGUAUGAUUAUUUAGCAGAAAAACUGUAACAAAAACCAGCACAAAGAGGAAGAAAGAAAAAGGGAAAGAAUGUAUAGAUAUUGCACUCAGACAAUUUUGCCCGUGUGUGUUAUGAUGAUGAUGGAACAGCAUAAAGAGAAUGGCUUUGUUUAUAAUAGAGUAUUUUGUUGUAAAGAGGAGAGAAUGUGUUAGCUUGGCUUGUAUCACAUCAUGGGAGUUGCCUGGUGGGUUUUCAUAAUUGAAUCCAGCGAAAUGUCAACAGCUUGAUUGGAAAAGUUUAUUUUUUGCUUCAAUGUCUUCAUUUGAGUCUGUUCUGCUUACUUAAAAUAAGCUUGUAAAGCUUGCAAUCAAAGUUUUAACAGAGCCCUGAGAAAAUGAUCAGAAUAAACCCGCAAGGAGGCACAAAUGUUGGAGAUACCCGACUAGUCAUGUUUCAAAUGGAGAAAGAAUCCAACAAACCUCAUUACCCUCAGCCUACCCUCUUAAUGUUAAACUGUACUAUCGCUUACGACUGUGGUGAACGAAUUUGUUCAGGAAAGAAAUUCAUGAAAUACUGUCGCCCAAACGGAUGAUGAAAUAUUCUGGAUCCUUAUUUUUUGCUCUUACUGUAUGUAUAUUUUUGCUCAUGUUUACUGCAAACCAAGAUAGAGAAAUGAAUAAAUGUCCUUUAAGGGAACUUAAACCUCA